UCUCCUGCUGCGUCAUUGGGAGCCCUGCACGGGGGGGCAGAGUGGAGUCCACGCUGCGCUGAGCUUGUUAGCGUGCCAGUCACAGCAUGUGGGAAAUACCUUUUGACAGCUGAAAGGGAAUGACAGAAGCGCUGUCCCCUUCAGAUGUACCGCCUUACAACAGGGCAGUACCCAUGUCCAAUGUUCCCGCCAAUCUUUUCCCGUCCAUGUGCAGAAUAAUUUUUUUAAGCACGCACGUGUGAAUGUGCACCAGGAGAGAAAAACAUCUAGCUGUGGGUGCUUUGCUAAUUAGUUGGGCGGGGCUUGACUUUCUCGUGACUGACAGCACAAGUGCAGGGCUUACAGCGAAGGCUGCCCCUGUUUCUGAGGUGGUACUGUAGACAGAAAGGUUUGGAUUUCCUGCAGACUCUUUUCAUACCAAAUGUAGUUUUAGAAAUGUGGUCUUAAACUGCAGAGCAUUUUUCAAAGGGUAAAUAACUAAAUGUUUCUUGGAGGUUGUGUGUUUAGACCUUCCUCCUCCCCCUUCCCUUCAUGAGGUUACUUUAAAACCAUACUUGUUUUUUGCAUACUCUUCACCAUUUGUAUGUGAGAGCAUAUGUGUUUGUUUCUUAUUCCUCUCCAUGCAAACAGGAUAAGAAGAUGGCCGAUAAGGGAAACUAUAAGUCCUCAGCAAUAGGUGGUGUGUUGGAAUCCACCUGUUAUGUGCACUCAAUGGGUAAAACUUCACCUAUGGAGAUGUCAGUCUUAUCUAAUGCUGAUGAACAGCAACAGGAGAUAUAUCAACCUUUGAGAGUCUACUUGAGAGUCAGACCCUUCUCUAAGGCAGAGCUUGAAAGCAAAGAAUCUCAGGACUGUGUAAUUAUUGAAAAUUCAGAAACAGUAACCCUACAGGCACCCAAAGAAUCCUUUACCGUUAAAAACAGUGAAAAGGGGAUUGGACAGUCUGUACACCAAUUUACUUUCACUAAGGUCUUUGGUCCAGAAACUACGCAAAGUGACUUUUUUGAAGGCACAAUGAAAGAUAUAGUAAAAUCAUACAUUGAUGGAGCAAAUGGACUGGUGUUUACCUAUGGGGUUACUAAUUCAGGCAAAACAUUCACUAUUCAAGGUUCUCCUAAAGAUUGUGGAAUUUUGCCUCGUUCUCUUGAUAUGAUCUUUCACCACAUAAGAGGAAGGCAAUACCUGAAAAUGAACUUUAAACCAUAUUUAAGCAAUGAUGUAAAGAAGCUAGAUGAGACACAGGUUAAACAAGAGGAAACUAUAAAAGCUGCUGUUCUUGCUUCUUUGAAAGAGGAAGAGGCGUCCAAAUCUCCAGUUCAGAACGCUUCAUUGUGCAUCUUGGAAUCUGAGUCUUCUUGCAGCUAUUCUUUAACAAGUCUGCCUUCUGAGCCACUAGUGGAGGACUCUGUUUUACUGGACGCUGAUGGGAUUAAGCAUCAGAGAAUGCAGUUUUCGGUGUGGGUUUCCUUCUGUGAAAUUUAUAAUGAGUAUGUGUUUGACCUUCUGGAUGUAUUUGCUAUGUCAAAAAAUCAAAAACGCAAAAUUCUAAGAAUCUGUGAGGAUCCAGGGGGAAGCUCUUGUAUAAAAGAUUUAAAGUGGAUCAACAUUCAGAGCACUGAAGAGGCUUGCAAAAUAUUAAAAACAGGAAACAAGAACCGAAGCUUGGCUUGCACUAGAAUGAACCAACACUCAAGCAGAAGGUUUGCUUGCCUUAAUCAGAUCCAUACAAUUGAGAUGACAAAUCAGUGGAUCUUUGUAGAGAUAAAUAAAAUAGGAUUGGAAUGGCUAUUUUCUCUUCAGCCUCAGAAGGUAGUACAGGUGGAGGACUCUGUUUUACUGGACGCUGAUGGGAUUAAGCAUCAGAGAAUGCAGUUUUCGGUGUGGGUUUCCUUCUGUGAAAUUUAUAAUGAGUAUGUGUUUGACCUUCUGGAUGUAUUUGCUAUGUCAAAAAAUCAAAAACGCAAAAUUCUAAGAAUCUGUGAGGAUCCAGGGGGAAGCUCUUGUAUAAAAGAUUUAAAGUGGAUCAACAUUCAGAGCACUGAAGAGGCUUGCAAAAUAUUAAAAACAGGAAACAAGAACCGAAGCUUGGCUUGCACUAGAAUGAACCAACACUCAAGCAGAAGUCACAGCAUAUUUUCUAUCAGACUACUAAAACUAAGUGUUGAAGAGGAACCUCAUAUUCUUGGGGUUUCAGAAAUGUCUCUUUGUGACUUGGCUGGGUCUGAACGGUGCAAUAAAACACAAGCCUUUGGAGACAGACUAAAAGAAGCAGGGAAUAUUAAUAAUUCUCUUUUUAUUCUUGGGAAAUGCAUGGCAGCACUGAAGCUGAAUCAGAAUCCUAAAGUGAAACCAAGCUAUAUUCCAUUCCGAGAGAGUAAACUCACCCGCCUCUUUCAACCAUUCUUCUGUGGUAAAGGCAAAGCUUGUAUGAUUGUCAAUGUUAAUCAGUGCGCUUCCACUCACAAUGAGACAUUACAUGUAAUGAAAUUUUCUGCUAUAGCCAAACAGGUUACUCAGACAAUCCACUCCCAAACCUUUGAAUAUUUUGCCCCAAGAUUACUUGGGAAGGAUGGCAAGCCUAUAGUACAUUUUGAUGCCAACAUAUUUUCUGAAGAACUUCCUGAUGAAGAUAUCGAUACCUUCUCCUCUGAAGAGGAAGUGGACAUCACCAUCAUGACCCACGAGGAGCUCUUGAAAAUUACUGAGAACCUGAAGGAGAAGCUAGUAACAGAAAGGCAGAGUAAACUCCUUCUUGAAGUGCAGAUACGUAAAGAGAUGGCAGAAGCAAUGUUUCAACAACUGUUGGAAACAGAGGAAACCUGGAGUAAACGCCUGGAAGAUAUGAGAGAAAGUUAUGAAGAUGAAUUGGAGAAUAAAUUUGAAAUGUAUAAGGAAGCUAUAAAGAAACAUGCAUAUAUGUGUGCAAUGGAACAAGUCGAAGACAACUAUGUUCCAAUAGAAGAGUUCAUAGCUGAACAAGAGAAACUUGAGGACAGAGAUAGGAAAAUAUUAGAGUUGCAACAAAAAUUUGGAGAGCAGUCUGGAUUGUUGGCUUUGGGAAUCCCAAAUUCAGAAGACGAAGUACAACCAGAACUUAAAUAUGAGGAGUCGCAGAGAACUACAGACGUAUUGCAGAGACAGUGUGACGAUAGAAAUGAGCUAAUAAAAUCUCUGAAGUUUAAAAUACAGAAAUUAAAUGAAACUUUACAAGAAGUAAAUGAAGUUAACAGAAAAACAAUCGAGGAAAACAAUAGACUGAUGCAUAUAUUGACAUUGAAGGAACAAGAAAUGAGAGGCCUUCAGAACUGUGCUAAACGUGUCCUUGAGCUUGAAGCUACAGUCUCUCUCUUGCAAGAACAACUAGAUGAGUGCAAAAAGCACUUGUAUUCAGAAGUUCUUAAGAAGCAAAAACCCAAGAAGGGUUUAUUUGCUAAUAUAAAGUCUACAGUAGCAGGGACUUCUAAAACACCCAUCAGCAGAACCUUGGGGAAAUCUGACGACUCUCCAACCACAUCAAGAAAACAAGCUACUUUGGCACGUAAAGCAAAAGAAUAACUCUAAUCCUUAAUGCAUUAUGUCUGUAUUGAUAAGAAACAGCAGUUGUAAUUCUGAAUUGUUGUUGACAACAAUUUUGGAGGGAGAAAAAAGGCUAGCGUAGACACAGCCUUACCAUCAACUUAACUGGGAGGAUAAGCUAUUAAUAGAAAAAAAAUCUGUCAAGUGUUUUCAUUUACUAAAGAAAUAUGUAAAUGUAAACUUAAAUUGGGAUUCUUAUGAAGAUAUGAUCAUGGAAAGACAACAGACAUGGAUUUCCAGACUGCAGGAGAAUAGUGCCUUGUGUCAAGGUUUGUGGUACAUUCCUGUCUUUUUACUUUCCUUGUUUCUUUUUACAUUUAUUUCCAACAUUUAAUGGCAUUUGUGUUCAACCAUUUUGGGAAACAGCUUGUUCACUUUUACUGUUUCAUUAGCUAAUAGAUACUGUUUGUAGAGGAGCUGGCUUCCUCCAUUAAUCUUAUACUUGAUGUCAGUUUACUGUGGAAUUAAAAUGUGAAAUUUGGUACUCAGAUUUCAUUUAAUGAUAUAGUCAGAUGAUGGAAUGGUAUGGAGCCACUGUUGAUUUUAAAUGCUUGUCAUAUCCCUAAUUGUCUUCCUUUGGAAAGGAAUGUCUGUUUGAAAGUCCCUCACUGUAUUGUCUAUGCAAUCGACUUUUUAAAAUUUGCUUACAAUAAAGCUUGGGUUUUUUUUCAAGUCAAUUCAAAUUUGGUGUUAAUUAGAUCAAGAGAUACAUUUUGUAAUUUGACCUUUGAAUCCUUGACUACGUCUAGACU